AUGCCUCACAGCGAGUUUGUAAACCCCCCGACAUACCAACAUGUCGUGGCAAGGGGGCUUCCGUAUGAUCGGGGCUUCGCCCACGGCCAACAGGCGAAGUCAAAGGUUCAGGAGAAUGUUCAGUAUUAUCGACGCCCUGGAAAGCUCGCACGCUCCCAGGAGUUGAUGAAUGCCAUUAUUAAGAAUGUCUAUAAGCCUGCAUUGGAGCAGUACUACCCGAGCGGCUUCAAGGAAAUGCAGGGAAUUGCCGACGGAGCUGAAGUCACGCUAGAGGACGUGAUCUUGCUCAAUUCUCGAUACGAUCUGGCCAGGCUGGGAGACGAACCUGGAUGCAAGCCCCUUUCGUCCGACGAACUGAGCGAGGACGUCAACACACCCGAGUCCUCGGAGGACAUGGCCAACGAAUGCACAAGUUCCGUUUUCUAUCACGCAGCAACAGAAAGUGGCGACAUGCUUACGGCCCAGAACUGGGACAUGUCGGCCCGGCUUUGGGAAAAUGACUGCAUCAUCUACCUCGAGGUCCACCCAGAUCCAUCCGAGAACAAGCCCUCCAUGUUUCUUGUCACGGAAGCAGGGCAGCUCGGCAGAUCGGGUAUGAACUCGGCGGGACUGGGCGUGACAGCGAAUUCCCUCAUGUCGAGCGAUGACUACAUUCCGUAUCCUUACCAGGACGGUAAGGGAGUCAAGCACAACGUCCCGAUCAAGCCCGUCCUCCCCAUGUCCAUGUUCCGGCGCAUGAUCCUGGAGAGCAACCAUUUUGCCGAAGCGAUGACCUGCGCCUUCAACUUCCCCCGGCACGUGUCGAACAAUGUUACCGUCAGCACCGCGGAGGGCUUUGGUGUCUGCCUCGAGGUCACGCCGGACCGUAUCUACAAGGUCUAUCGCCGUGUGGACGACAAUUACCUGGUCCACACUAAUCACUUCACCCACACUGGCUUCCUCGCGAGGAGCGACGUUCUUUGCAAGUACCCCGGCGGCAGCAGCUGGUUCCGACUGGAGCGGUUCGAGCAAGGCGUCCGAAAAUGGGCGCAGAAGGGUGAGAUUACUACCAAGCGACUGAUCGAGGCAUUCUCGGACCACAUGAGCUUCCCCGAGGCACUGUGCGUGCACCCAGACAGGAAUCCUAUCGAUGCCGUCAUUGGUCACCUACCCGGCUAUCCAUUCAGAUCCAACUCUGCGACUGUCGCCUGCGUAAUCUACAAUCUUUCCAAGACUGAGAUCACGGUUUGUAAGGGCCCGCCGUGUCAGGGACAGUUCCAGACCUUCAAGCUCAAGGGCCCGCAGGGCAACAAGCUGGGUUCCCAGAACACCGAGGGCCUUGAGCGUCCUGAGCAGCCUUGA